GAUACUACCCACCACAUUUGCCGGCACUAUCAGUACAACUCUUGCUGAGUAAGUUAGCGUUUCAAUUCAAUCAUUCCAUUGAGGUGCCUCUCUCUGUGCUCACACAAGUCUCCCCACACACAAUUUUCUCUGAGACUUUUCCGGUAGUUCCGUUACCAAGUAGUGUGCGACAAAUCAACUCACGAAAAAUGUCUCAAUCAAUUGGAGGUCACAAGUUGGGACAGCUUAUCAUUGAGGGCAAAACGAAGCAAGUUUACGAUUUGCCGGAUAAGAAGGGGUUCUGCCUCAUACAGAGCAAGGAUCGCAUUACAGCCGGAGAUGGUGUUAAGGCUCACGAUUUAGCGGGGAAAGCAGCAAUUUCCACUCAAACUAAUGGAAAAGUCUUCUCACUCCUCAACGCAGCUGGACUCAAUACGGCCUACGUUGGGCCAGUUACGGAAACGGCAUUCAUUGCUAAGAAAUGCGCCAUGAUCCCCAUUGAAUGGGUUUCUCGGCGUUUGGCAACGGGAUCAUUUUUGCGACGCAACCCAGGCGUUCCAGAGGGUUUCCGCUUCUGCCCACCGAAGCAGGAGACCUUCUUCAAAGAUGACGCCAAUCACGAUCCUCAGUGGUGUGAGGAGCAAAUUCUUGCUGCUAAUUUCCAAUUCAAUGGACGUACUAUUGGUCGCAACGAAGUGGACUACAUGCGUCAGUACACAAUUGUUGUUUUUGAGAUCCUCGAAAAGGCUUGGGCCACGCGUGAUUGUGCCCUGAUCGAUAUGAAGAUCGAAUUUGGCGUCGAUGAAGGAGGAAACAUUAUCUUGGCUGAUGUUAUUGACUCCGAUUCGUGGCGCCUCUGGCCUGGCUCCGACAAGAGGCUCAUGAAGGAUAAACAAGUUUACAGGAAUCUCACGAGUGUGACCCAAUCUGACCUCGAGACAGUCAAGCGGAACUUUGAGUGGGUCUCCAAGCAACUCGAUGGGAUCAUCCCCAAAAAUGACAGCCUCGUUGUUGUUCUCAUGGGCAGUGCCUCAGAUCAGGCGCACUGUGAGAAGAUUGCCAAGCACUGCCUUGAUCUUGGUCUCAAUGUUGAGCUUCGUGUGACGUCGGCGCACAAAAGUACCCGAGGGACGUUGGAUAUUGUUGCCGAGUACGAAGGAAGUCUCGGAAAGCUCGUCUUCAUUGCCGUGGCAGGACGUUCCAAUGGGCUGGGACCCGUUGUUUCCGGCAUAACAACAUACCCCGUCAUCAAUUGCCCCCCAGUUAAACCCGAAAACGUCACUGUGGACAUCUGGUCCAGCCUCAAUGUCCCCUCUGGACUUGGAUGCACAACUGUGAUCUACCCGGAAGCCGCAGCUCUUGCUGCUGCACAGAUUCUUGGCAUUGGAAACUCCCUCAUCUGGAGCAAAUUACGCGUUAAGCAACUCACCAACAUUUCCACGCUGCAGAAAGGCGACACUGGCCUCAAAGGAGUUAAAACAGCUUAAGAUAUUUUUCCUCAAUUGUCACAUUUACGUAAUAUGUUGUUUCUCUUCCAAUAAAUAUGCUUUUCAUUGAGCUUUUUAAAUCUC